AUGUAUGUUGAAGAAAUUGGUGAUCGAAAAGUCCGUAAGAAUUUGUCCCCACAAUCGGUUGAUAUUUUAAAGGGCUGGCUCGCAGAGCAUUGCCUACACCCCUACCCAAAUGACAGAGAGAAGGUAGAGCUGGCUGAGGCAACUGGUUUAACACUCACUCAAGUAAGUAUCAAAUCGUGUUUUCACGGUGUUUGCUCUGCAUUACUAACGUAAUUAUUCACUGAAGUGAAAAUUCUAAAGUGAAUUUUAAAUUCAAGGCUUCAUGUUUGGCUACUUUGGCCUCAAUUUUUAACUUUGAAUUCUCACGUUGGUGAAUAACCCAAUAAAUGUGCAUAUUUAAACUCUUUCCCUACAGUUGCUAUUACUACUCCAUGUUCAUUGUCUCUUAACCCCUUUUCUUUUCAUUAUGGAAGAGAAUGAAAGUGAGUGUACCUGGGGUUUUUAAGUGCCUUAAUGGACAGGUGACGUUUUAGAAUUAUUAUAUUUCUAUUCCCUCUGACUUAUGUCUAUCCAUUCUCUGUUUACAGAUAUCUAACUGGCUAAUUAAUGCAAGAAGGCGGAAACUGCACAAAAUUUUAUUAGAAAAAGGCAUUGCACCAGGUUCGUCUGCCUCAACACCAAAGGGAAACAGGAAAAAGAUUCCUCCACACAACCCAAAAUUAAGUGUAAGGGUUGACCCAGCUUCUCCUUCUUCUCCCCCCAUGAACAUUAUUGCUGCAGUGCCGGUGUCCUAUACCGUAUUCCCACCCCUUGCUCUGCUAUCCAGGAUUGGCCAUGAUCUCCUUCAGGGUUCUGCAGAAGAAGGUGGCCAGUCCAGGUUGACAUUUCAACCAGUCCUCAGCCAUCCUGCAGAGGUUUUAAGCCCACCACCUGUGCUUGCUGCACCCCAAGAGAUUGAACUAGAGGAAUGCUCGCUACCUGUGCUUGCUGCAGCCCAAGAGAAUGAACUAGAGGAACAAAUGAGCAUGUUGCAAAUCCUGGCUGAGGUGGCAUGCCAAAGAAAGGAGGAAAUGGAGGCAGAGGCAGCUAAAAUGCGAGCAGCCUUUACACAAAUAAAAUUAACCCCCUGUUGCUAG